AUGGGUAACCCGACGGAUCCCAAGAUCCAGCCUCAGGAGGUGACCUCCACCUCGCCCACUUUCAACCGCGGCAGCGGCAGCGGCAGCGACGACAACCAUUACCACGACCACCAUCACCACCACACAUCGUUGGAUCACUUGCGUGGGCCAUCUCCCGUAGGGCGCACGCUGUCGCGCAUAUCGACCACCUCCGGCUUGCCGUACAAAGUAUACAAACGCCGGUUUUUCGGCCUGGGGCAACUCGCGCUCCUCAACAUUGUUGUGUCGUGGGACUGGAUCGCGUUUGCACCGGUGUCGUCGACGUCGGCGCAGUACUUCAAAACGUCCGAGACGAACAUCAACUGGGUAUCGACGGCAUUCCUGUUUGCGUUUUGCGUCACCACGCCCGCGACCUUUUGGGUGCUGCACAAGUAUGGGCCCAAGACCGCCAUUAUCGCCUCUGCCUCGUUGCUGCUCGUUGGCAACUGGGUCAAGUACGGGGCGACAAAGGCCAACAGCUUUGCCGGCGUCAUGGUAGGCCAGUUGAUCAUCGGGUUCGCGCAACCGUUCGUCCUCGCCUCUCCUACAUCCUACAGCAACCUGUGGUUCAGCCCGGCAGGACGGACGACGGCCACCGCAGUUACGUCUCUCGCCAACCCGUUCGGUGCCGCCCUCGGCCAACUCAUAUCGCCGUUUUGGGCGAACAAACCCUCGGACAUCCCCAACAUGGUGCUGUACAUCAGCAUCAUCUCGUCGGUGGCGUGCGUGCCUGCGUUUUUCAUCCCCGCGAAACCACCAACACCGCCAUCGGCAAGCAGCACGCCGGACCACAUGGACAGAGCGUCGCUCACGCACGACCUGAGGGUGUUGUCCCGUAGUGUCGAGUUCUACCUCAUGUUCGUCCCAUUCAUCGUGUACGUGGGCUUCUUCAACGCCUUUUCCAGCCUGCUCAACCAAAUCCUCGAGCCGUACGGAUUCAGCGAAACGGACGCGGGUAUCGCCGGCGCCAUUCUCAUCGUCGUCGGUCUGGUAUGUGCCGCCAUAUCCGCGCCCAUCAUCGAUCGCUACAAGUUUUAUCUGUGGUACAUCCGGUGCGCCGUCCCCUUUGUAGCGAUCGGAUACCUAAUCAUCAUCUGGGCCCCGCAGUCGCAUUCGCUGGCCUAUGUCGACGUGGUGUGCGCCAUUCUAGGGGCGUCGAGUUUCGGUCUCGUCCCCGUCGUGCUCGAGUUCCUUGUCGAGACACACUACCCUCUCGGUCCCGAGUUGGGGAGCAGUCUGUGCUGGUGCGGUGGCCAAAUCCUGGGCGGCAUCUUCAUUGUCAUCAUGAAUGCGCUCAAGGACGACAGAGCUGCCAGUCCGCCGUCGAACAUGAAGCGUGCGUUGAUCUUUCAAGCCGUCUUUGCGGUCGCAGUGACGCCGCUGCCAAUGUGUCUCGGUCUGUUUGGACGCCACUCCAGUGUGCGGAGGCUGAGAUGGGAAGCGGACCGAAACGGCGACGGUCGUGCUGAGCACAUUGUCGUUGUCACGGACCGCACUGACCAGUAG